UUCUUUCGUUACGAGCGGACGUACAAUUCGCAACCCUGGCGCGAUAUUCCGACUCCACCACGAUGGUUGUUGCCGAGCCGAGUCCGAAUGAUGAUGCUGACUCCGAGUCAAAAACUUGCGGGAAAAUCUUGGUGGUUUUGUCAUGGAUUCUGGUGAUUGUUACGAUGCCGUUUUCACUCUUCAUUUGUUUCAAGGUCGUGCAAGAAUACGAAAGAGCCGUAAUCUUUCGCCUAGGAAGAUUACUUUCCGGGGGGGCUAAAGGACCUGGUAUUUUCUUCAUACUACCUUGUAUUGAUUCGUACGCGCGUGUUGAUCUCCGAACUCGUACUUACGACGUACCACCACAAGAGGUUCUCACUAAAGACUCUGUAACGGUGUCUGUGGAUGCCGUCGUCUACUACCGCGUUCAUAACGCCACUAUUUCCAUUGCCAACGUCGAAAACGCUCAUCAUUCCACGAGGCUGUUGGCUCAGACGACUCUCCGAAACACGAUGGGCACACGACCACUUCACGAAAUCCUGAGCGAACGAGAAACUAUUUCAGGAAACAUGCAAAUCUCUCUCGACGAAGCGACCGAAGCUUGGGGUAUUAAGGUGGAGCGAGUUGAAAUCAAAGACGUCCGUUUGCCCGUUCAACUGCAACGUGCGAUGGCGGCUGAGGCUGAGGCAGCGCGAGAGGCUCGUGCUAAAGUAAUUGCGGCGGAGGGUGAGCAAAAGGCAUCGAGGGCACUUCGCGAGGCUUCUGAGGUUAUCGGGGAUAGUCCAGCGGCUCUACAACUACGCUACCUACAGACCCUGAAUACAAUAUCCGCUGAAAAGAAUUCGACUAUCGUCUUCCCGCUGCCCAUAGACCUUUUGACAUAUUUCCUAAAAGCAAAAGAAGAAUCUUAA